UUGUCCGUCAUCAUACUGCGCGUUUCAUUGGUUGUCCCACGCAGGCGCCGCGUCGGGCUAGAGAAUUCCAACUUCCCGCUGCUCUGUGAUUGGCUGCCGCUCACAGUACGUAUAGUGCGCGCUGGGCUGUGAUUGGUUAGUUUGUGGCGGGAAGAGUCGGUUUGAAAAAGCAGGGCCGCCACUGUUACUGGAGCUGCGGGUUAGUCAGACUGCGGUGAGUGACGCCGGACUGUGGGUGAGUCUGUCCCAGCUGUGAGCGAUCUCUCGAUAUUUAGUAAAUAAUCCCUGUGGGUGAGUCUGUCCCAGCUGUGAGCGAUCUCUCGAUAUUUAGUAAAUAAUCCCUGUGGGAGAGUCUGUCCCAGCUGUGAACGAUCUCUCGAUAUUUAGUAAAUAAUCCCUGUGGGAGAGUCUGUCCCAGCUGUGAGAGAUCUCUCGAUAUUUAGUAAAUAAUCCCUGUGGGAGAGUCUGUCCCAGCUGUGAGCGCGAUCUCUCGAUAUUUAGUAAAUAAUCCCUGUGGGAGAGUCUGCCCCUGCUGUGAGAGCGAUCUCUCGAUAUUUAGUAAAUAAUCCCUGUGGGAGAGUCUGUCCCAGCUGUGAGCGAUCUCUCGAUAUUUAGUAAAUAAUCCCUGUGGGUGAGUCUGUCCCAGCUGUGAGCGAUCUCUCGAUAUUUAGUAAAUAAUCCCUGUGGGAGAGUCUGUCCCAGCUGUGAGAUCUCUCGAUAUUUAGUAAAUAAUCCCUGUGGGAGAGUCUGUCCCAGCUAUGAGCGAUCUCUCGAUAUUUAGUAAAUAAUCCCUGUGGGAGAGUCUGUCCCAGCUGUGAGCGAUCUUUCGAUAUUUAGUAAAUAAUCCCUGUGGGAGAGUCUGCCCCAGCUGUGAGCGCGAUCUCUCGAUAUUUAGUAAAUAAUCCCUGUGGGUGAGUCUGUCCCAGCUGUGAGCGAUCUCUCGAUAUUUAGUAAAUAAUCCCUGUGGGAGAGUCUGUCCCAGCUGUGAGCGAUCUCUCGAUAUUUAGUAAAUAAUCCCUGUGGGUGAGUCUGUCCCAGCUGUGAGCGAUCUCUCGAUAUUUAGUAAAUAAUCCCUGUGGGAGUCUGUCCCAGCUGUGAGCGAUCUCUCGAUAUUUAGUAAAUAAUCCCUGUGGGAGAGUCUGUCCCAGCUGUGAGCGAUCUCUCGAUAUUUAGUAAAUAAUCCCUGUGGGAGAGUCUGUCCCAGCUGUGAGCGAUCUCUCGAUAUUUAGUAAAUAAUCCCUGUGGGAGAGUCUGUCCCAGCUGUGAGCGAUCUCUCGAUAUUUAGUAAAUAAUCCCUGUGGGUGAGUCUGUCCCAGCUGUGAGAUCUCUCGAUAUUUAGUAAAUAAUCCCUGUGGGAGAGUCUGUCCCAGCUGUGAGAGCGAUCUCUCGAUAUUUAGUAAAUAAUCCCUGUGGGAGAGUCUGUCCCAGCUGUGAGAGAUCUCUCAUAUUUAGUAAGAACUCCUGUGGAGAGUCUGUCCCAGCUGUGGGAGAGUCUGUCCCAGCUGUGAGAGAUCUCUCGAUAUUUAGUAAAUAAUCCCUGUGGGAGAGUCUGCCCCAGCUGUGAGAUCUCUCGAUAUUUAGUAAAUAAUCCCUGUGGGAGAGUCUGUCCCAGCUGUGAGAGAUCUCUCGAUAUUUAGUAAAUAAUCCCUGUGGGUGAGUCUGUCCCAGCUGUGAGAUCUCUCGAUAUUUAGUAAAUAAUCCCUGUGGGAGAGUCUGUCCCAGCUGUGAGCGAUCUCUCGAUAUUUAGUAAAUAAUCCCUGUGGGAGAGUCUGUCCCAGCUGAGAGCGCGAUCUCUCGAUAUUUAGUAAAUAAUCCCUGUGGGAGAGUCUGUCCCAGCUGUGAGAGAGAUCUCGAUAUUUAGUAAAUAAUCCCUGUGAGAGAGAUCUCGAUAUUUAGUAAAUAAUCCCUGUGGGAGAGUCUGUCCCAGCUGUGAGCGAUCUCUCGAUAUUUAGUAAAUAAUCCCUGUGGGUGAGUCUGUCCCAGCUGUGAGCGAUCUCUCGAUAUUUAGUAAAUAAUCCCUGUGGGAGAGUCUGUCCCAGCUGUGAGCGAUCUCUCGAUAUUUAGUAAAUAAUCCCUGUGGGAGAGUCUGUCCCAGCUGUGAGAGCGAUCUCUCGAUAUUUAGUAAAUAAUCCCUGUGGGAGAGUCUGUCCCAGCUGUGAGAGCGGUCUCUCGAUAUUUAGUAAAUAAUCCCUGUGGGUGAGUCUGUCCCUGAGUGAUUCCUCUAUAGAUACAGCCUGGACUGACGUAUCGUAAUUUUCUAAUGUCUGUUAAAGUUGCUGUCACUUUAAGGCUGUGACCAUAGUUUGCAAAAACUUUCAAAGCUGACACGACCCCUUGGUGUCCAGAUGCCCUGUGGCGAAGGAAGCCCCACGAUGAUGGGUUGAUCUGAAGGACUUCCUUGUAGGUGCUGAUUUCAUUGGGCAUCUGAUGCUUAAUACACUUGGUCCAUUAUUUAUGACCAUGAUAAAGACUCCAACACCCCCUUAAAUUUUUGGAAUGUGCCCGUUGGCUUCCAGUCUCAUUCAACAGCCAGACAAGCAUUCGAAUAGAAAUUUAAAAUGAUCCAUAACUCUGUUUAUUGUUUACCUCUAUUGAGCUCUCGCAACAGUAAUGUUUUGAUCCAGUGGUAGGGUCAUUGUCAAAAAAGAUCCUACAACUGGGUCAAAAAAUUGUGGCGAGUGCAAUAUGUUGGAAACUUGUAAACCUUAAUGAGUGCUGGACCGUUCUGACUUCUCUGGCUAUAUCCUUGGUUGGCAUUGCUUUUUAUACUCUUGUUCUUGUCUUAGAGUGUAGACACUAUGGAAAAUACAGUAAGUUCCUAGAAGCACUACAUGUGUGAGAAGUCUUUUUCUAUGGCUGUUGCUGGGAUUGGAUAAAAUUUGAUCCUGGCCCUUACACCUUGUGUAAAAAUCUCUAAUUUUGUCGGUAAGACAAAUGAGUCUGUUUUCUAUUAUCUUUUGAUUGUUUUGGAAUUUUGACACUCCAACCCAGACAUUAGUAUUUCAUAACAGAUUCUAACAGAGCUGCUUUAAAGGAACAGCCAAUCCAUUGAUAUUUAAUGUGCAAGGAGUGCCCUGUCACUCAGUAGUCAGUUUUACUAGGGUUCCUCAAGGUCCGCAUCCCGUGUCCAGUCUUUUGCAAGAGAAACCAGAUGUCUAUAGAAUAAGCCUAUGCCGAUGCAGGACAUCAUUCAUUAGUUGAGAACUCUAUUGAGUGGGAGUGUUAAAUAGAAAAGACGCGUAAGACUGGUGUGAUUACAAAUCUGAUCUUUCUACAGGCACCCACGAUGACUUUUAACUUUCAUAUUCCCUUGUCCUUUGGGGACCUUCUAAAAAGUGGCGGCAUUGGCCAAUAUGUAGUACAAGAGGUUCUACCCCUACGGCAGUUGGAUGCUCAGCUAAGUGGUAAGAUAACAGGAUUAAAUUGUAAAUUCCUGUUUUAUUUUAGCACUCGUGUCACUUUUUAAAAAAUAUAUUUUUUUUUAGCAUUUCAGAGUGCCCUCCGUGUCCAAGGCCCGCUGUGUAUCCUUCAGCAUUUUGAUGCUCUGUACAGCAUGCUACAGUAAGUAUUUCUGUAUCUGUCAUUUGGUUCAAGUUUUAUGAACUGAAACUUUAACUCUAAUUGCUAAGCUGCAAUUAUCCUGCUUGUAUACCCCUGUUUAGAGUCCAGUAGCAAUUUCAGACAUUGGCUUCUUUUAAUAUACACUGACUACCUGCCAAGUGAUGAGCCCAAGGCAAGUGUGACUCCCUUUCCUCAAGUUAUGACUUCUGACCUUUGCACUUGGUCUGUAAUCUUGGUGGUUGUGUAGAAGCUUCUCGCUACCGCUGUAAGGCCAGACCAACAGUAGCUUAUCUAGCUGGUCUCUCUGAUAUUUGCUCAUUUGAGACUUGGUGUGCAGAAAUUAGAGUGACCUACAGGAUGGAUCGGUACCUAGAGUGCAGGUCAGUAGCUGUAACUUCUUGGAGGUUACAAGGAGGUAUGAGCACAUAUAUCUUUGGUAAUCUGAUGGCUAUUGUGUAUGUAUCUCAAAAAACAUUUGAGGCUUGAGUUAGUUGUAAUCUAGUUGUGUCCCAGAAGAAUUGAUUCAAAAUGCAUUCAUUUUCCCAUAAUAUGUCAGACAUAGGAAAUUGUAAACUGAAAUGAGCAACUUAAGCAAAAAUGUCAAAUCAUCUGUAAAUUCUCAACUACUGUAAUCAGUUUCCCUAUUUCUGAUUAGUUUUUGCCAGUCUAGUUUAAAUUCUGUACAACUCAGUUUAGUAACGUUUUAAUGUGGUUUUUAUUAAGCACUACCUAAACAUUUUGUAAAAAUCUUCAUAUAAAUGGGCAGAAUAGCAGAAAUUACUUAUUGAAUCCUGGCUGGAUGGAAUGAGAGAAAUUAAGUCAUGGUUUUGCCAUGAAUAAUGGGGAAAAUAUGCUUUGACUCUUAUUUACAUUUUGUAUUUUUUCCCUUCCUCUUAUUUAGUCAUUUCCGGUCACUGGAUACUGCACUGAAAGAGGAUUUACUUGAGGUGAUGGUGAAAGGUAUGAAUAUACACGGAUUAUAAAUUAUGAGAACCUUGAGAGUUGUAGAGCAGGUUGUAUCUGAGCCACUCUCAUGGAAUCUUUUUAUGAAAUACCUAUAUUGACUGUUGAAAUUUCACCAAAAUUUCAUCCCAGUCAAGAGACGAGCCUCCUAGAUUCUGGGCAAAGCUACAGUGUCAAUCCCAACAACCUUCAGCAGUGAUGGCUGCAGGGAAUUGGAUUAGUCUAUAUAUGAUCGUGGGAUCCUCUGUAGACCUCAGUGCUGUACUCGCUUGCAUGCAGGAAGCUCUAGGAGCUGAGGAGUAUAGACUGGAGGAAGAUAGUGAUGCCCCAAAGGGACAGUUUCGGGUAAGUAAUAAGUAGUCAACAAUAUCUGGAGUGUUGCAGGUAGUCUACCCUUGCAUUAAAAUGUAUCCUAUGCAUUGUGUAGCUCUAGUCUGAAGGUAAUGCUACCUUUCCAAACAACUGGGUUGUCCAUUUUGGAAACUUCUUUUUAUUUUAUAUUCUAUUAUGCUUACUAACUGCCAAGUGAUGAUCCAAGGCGAAUGUGACUCCCUUUUUCUUUGGGUUAUGAUCUCUGACCUGUGCACUUGGUCUGUAAUCUUGGUGGUUGUGUAGAAGCUUCUCGCUACCGCUGUAAGGCCAGACCAACAGUAGCUUUUGUGGCUGGUCUCUCUGACGCUAUUGUCAGCUCACUGCAGAUUUGGUGUGCUGAAAUCAGAGUGACCUACAGGAUCAAUCCGUACCUAGUGUGCAGGUCUAUGACGUAACUUCUUUGAGGUUAAAAGGAGGUAUGAGCACAUAUCUUUGGUAAUCUGAUGGCUAUGGGGUGUUCAAUGACCAAAUUUCGUAGAACUCUUGUACAGGGGUGGAAAGUAGUAGGACACUUUAUUUUGGUGAGUGCAUCUAAAAGACAGUUUUCUGAUAACUGCUCAGGGGCUGGUGUAGUAAGUAUUUUUGAAUCUUGUGUUGUAUGACUGGCAUCAUUGUCUUUAUCAUAAGCUAUAUUUGUGCUUCCUCAGCCACAUCUCGGCAUGCCAAUGAACUCCCUGCUAUCCUUGAAGAUCUUGCAAUGCCUGCACACCAGCGCAAUGCCCACCUCAACACCCUGAAGAUGAAUUGUUUCAUUCUUGCACAGCUUGUAGAGGCUUUUGAGGCAGAGACCUACAAAGCUGCUUUGGCGAGUGUGGAGCCUAGUGGGAAGGUAAGAAGGACAAAGCGAUGCUAGCUUGAAUUCUUUUUGUGUGGAUAUAUAUAUAUAUUUUUUUAUCCAUUUUGAAGUAGUGCUGGUUAUUUACUAAAGUGAGAAUUGCAAGGCAUUCAAAGUGCUUUUUUUUUUUUUUUUUUUUUUUUUUUUUUUUUUUUUUUUUUUUUUUUUUUUACAUUUAAUGCCAAACUACUGGAAUUGGGGAGGGAAAUUAGGUCAGCUAUUACUUAAGUUAAGUUUGGCCUUGAGUAAGAAUUGUCUGAAAUUUAAAGUUCACUUCACAAAGCAGAAGUUAAAAACUCUUUAAAGCAAGUUACAUCUGAAUAGAGUUUAUACCAUUAUUUUCAAGCAGGCUGUGUGAGUCUCCGUAAGGGGAGGUGUGGCCAGGACUGCAUAAAUGGAAACAAAAGUAAUUUAGCUCCUAAAUGGCAGAGAAUUGAGCAGUGAGACCAUACAGGCAUGAUCUAUACACAAAUUGCUUCAUCAAGCUAAAGUUGUGUUGAUGCCUAGUGUCCCUCUUUAUGGAUUUUUAUUUUUGGGGGUUCUUGUGUUGCAUCACACAUCUGAGCUUCUCUCCCUAGGGUAAGAAGGGAAAGUCCAAAACGGAUGGAUUCAACUGGGAGUUAGAAAGAGAGCAGGUCCUGCAGACUUUCACUCACCUCCUGCAGCUUGAAAUCCGCCGUCUCUGGAGCAUGUCUGUGGUGGAGGAAGAGUUUGUCAGGUAUGGAGAGCCUGUCAGUUGUGAUGUCAUUUGGGGCUUUUUAGAUAUUUUUGUUUAUACCAUUGACUCAUGCAAAAUGCUGCAUUAAUGAGUAGUUUGGCACAAUAGGUUCAUUGGUCUAUAACUUAAUGCCAUAUGGAGUUUAACUCCUGCUACAAUGCUUAAUACAUAUUCUCUUUCUGAUCAAAGAACCCAAUUCAGGUUUGUCGGGCAUUGACGUAAACUUCCAGGUUGUUAUGCUUAUGGGCUAAACCUCUUGUUCACUCUUAAUUCCUUAUCUGCAAUGUUGUGAUAAAUGGCAAUUAUUGGAUAACACUCCCAUGUGCUUGGGAAAAUAUCCCAAAAAAUGUUUGUGCAAAGUGGCUGUUUAAUAGUGUUUUGUGUGGGUUUUUUUCUCCUCUAACAUGUCUGGCAUUUCUGUAACAACCUGCCACCCCUUCUCUCCAGCAUGAUGACUGGCUGCUGCUACAAGAUGAUGGAAAACCCGACUAUAGGAAUGGCUAAAAACAAGCCAGUAAGAGAUGUUCUAGGACACUUCCUUGGAGUAAUGGUGAAACGCUACAACCAUAUGCUCAGUGAGUUCUUAACUGCAUAUUACAGGAUCAUCUGUGGAUUGUUGUGAUUUUUAUGGGUUUGUUUUUAUUUUUUAUUUUGAGCAGUUUCACACACAUCAAGGAAUGCCUGACCCUUCCCUCAGCAUAUCACUAAUCUAGAAGUAAAAGAUUUUUAUCAACUUUAUUUUUUUUUUUUUUUUUUAUAGGUGCUUGUGUGAAGGUGAUUCAGCUGCUGCAGCACUUUGACCAUUUGGCUCCAGUUCUGGUUCAUGCUGUGAGUCUUUGGGCCACAGAAUACGGCAUGAAACCUAUAGUUGGGGAGAUAAUGAGGUGAGAACAUUUUAUUUAUUCUCCCCAUAUUUGGUGUGAAUUAAACUACUGUUUUGUUUAAACGUCUUGUGCUUCUGUUCUUAGGGAGAUUGGACAGAAAUGUUCACAGGACCUUUCUCGAGAGAUGUCUGGAGUGAAGGCUCUCGCCGCAUUUUUAACAGAGCUGUCUGAACGAAUUCCAGCUAUAAUGAUGCCAAGCAUCAGUGUUUUAUUGGAUUAUUUGGAUGGUGAGGUGAGAGCUGCCUAACUUUUCUGUUCAAUUUUCCUCCCUCUUGAUUGUGUUAUGGCACUUAUCCUGAUUUUGUGCUUAGAGUUAUGUGAUGAGGAAUGCCAUGCUGACUGUUAUGGGCGAGAUGGUUAUUCGCGUGCUGAGUGGGGAUCAGCUUGAGGAAGCAGAAAAAAACACAAGAGAUCACUUUUUGGACACCUUGCAGGAGCAUAUCCAUGAUGUCCAUACAUUUGUGCGCAGCUGCGUCCUCCAGAUCUACAACCGCAUUGUACAAGAAAAAGUAAGGCUCUGCAUUUUUUUUUUUUUAUUUUUUUUUUUUUUAUUUCAAUUCAUUGGGUCACAUGUACACUAAUCAGCCACAACAUUAAAAAAAACCUCUACCAGGUGAAGUGAAUAAUUAUAUUCAUAAUGGAUCCUUUCAAGGGGUGGAAUAUAUUGGACCGCAAGUGAAAUAGUCCUUGAAUUUCAUCUAUUGGAAAUGGCAAUGGGCAGCGUAAAUGAGUGAUUUUGACAGACCAAAUAGUGAUGGUUAGAUGACUGGGUCAGAGCGUCUCAAAAACAGCAAAUCCUGUGGGGUAUUCUUGAAAUGCAGUGGUUAGUACUAGGGAUAGACAGAUAAUCAGAAAUAUGGCAAAGUAUCCAUGGAACUGAUGAUCUGUAUCAGCCUUGUAAGUUACUGAUGACUUGCUAACAUCUCAUAGGCACCAUGUGCCAUCUUCUGCAUGCGGAAAGCUGCAACCUUGCGUCACCCCUUCCAUGCAGAGCUCAGCUGAAGCCCGGGAGGUGAGACAGUUACUAAAGUACUAGGCUGGCUUAGAGUAAUAAUUUGCUGUCAGCAAUAAUACACCCAUCAGUAACUGCAAUGUACAUGGCAGAAUGAGAAUGAUUGCUUGGAGUGUGAUUGUUCAAUUAAUGACAGAUUUGUGUGGGGGGGGGGGUUCAACACUUUAAAUGUACAGAAUAUCGGCAAUAGUUUUCGGCUACAGAUAAUAUGCAUUGGCUUGGUCAAAAUAUUGGUCGAUCCCUAACUAAUAUGUACCAAAAGUGGUGCAAGGAAAGACCACUAAUCAUGGGUGCCAAAGUCUCAUUGACUGGAUCGUGAAGCAGUAGGAGAAAGUUGCCUGGUCUGUUAAAUCUCGUUUUCCCUAGGUAAACCAUGCACACCAGCCAUUCACCUGAUCUAAAAAUUGAGAUUGCAGCAGCUACACUAUGGGAAGAAGCCAGGUCAUCGGAGGCAAUGUUAUUCUCUGGAAAACCUUGGGUCGUGGCACUCGUGUGGAAUGCUGCUUUAACACAUGCUCCCUACUUAGAAAAUGUUGCAGUCCAUACACCCUUCUAUGGUAAUGGUGUUUCCUGAUGGCAUUGGCCUCUCACCAGGAUAAUGCACCCUGCCACACAGCAAAAAUUGUUUAGGAUUUGUAUAAGGAACAUGACAAAAAGUUCAAGGUGUUUCCUUGGCCUCCAAAUUCUCCAGAUCUCAACCCGAUCAUCUGUGGGAUGUUCUGGAACAACCAAUCCGAUCCAUGGGGGCCCAACUCUCAACUUGCAGGACUUAAAGGAUAUGCUGCUAAUGUCUUGGUGACAGAUAUAAACACAUUUAGAGUCCAUUCCUCAAUGCAACAGAGCUGUAUUGACAGCAUGAAGGGAACUACACGAUAAUAGGCAGGUGGUCUUAAUGUUGUGGCUGAUCUGUGUAUAGUGUCAUUAAAAUGAUAGAAUAGAAGCCUUCUAGCUGAAGUGGUAGAGAUUAAUAAAUGCUGCUUGUCUGUAGUAUCCACUCAGAUCUCAGACAAAUCCUACCUUACAUGUACAAAUACAGGGAGAACCCUAUGCAUUCAGUUAAUCAAUCUGCAUCUCUGCACCAAAAGCACAUAAAAGAUGCAGUGAUUUUGAAUUUUUUUUUUUUUAAUUGAAGCCUAGAUUUUUAUUGCAAAUUAAAAAUACAACUCUAUACGUAAAAUCUACUUUGUUUUGCAAAGCUGUUCUGUCCCCCAUUACUUUCGGUUCUGCACUGUUGCCCUAAUGCACUUUUUUUGGUUUGUGGUUUUUUUAACACUAGCCAAUAAAUUGCCUUCAACUUUUCCUCAACAGGCUCUUCCCUUGACUCGUUUCCAGUCUGUGGUUGCACUUGCUGUUGGCCGUCUCUUUGAUAAGUCUGUAAAUGUUUGUAAGAACGCAAUCCAGCUUCUGGCGUCAUUCCUAGCAAACAAUCCAUUCACGUGCAAGGUAGUCCUGCAAACUGCUUCCUUAGCUCUUCAUAUACACUGUCUGUUAUCUCAUGUUUCUUGUGGCUUUACAGCUUGGCAGCGCUGAUCUGCGGGAGCCACUGCUUAAAGAGACCAAAAAGCUGAGUGAGUUGAAAGAACAAUUGAGCAAGAAACAAACAGGUAUGACUUGUAGUUGAUGCAUACUCCUGUCCUUUAAGAACUACAUGGAGUCCCACACAUAAAAACAUAAAUAACCGCUUUCUUGGCUCUAGUUGUGGUGAUAUCUCCUGAGGAGGAAUGGGAAGCCAUGUUGCCAGAGCUGAAAGAGGCUUUCCAGAUGUUGGUGGAAGAUGAGGAUAAAGAUGGCUACCAAGAUGAGGCUGAAACACCUGAGGCUCUGCGUGAACAUAUCUUGCUGCUCUUACGAAAGACUAGUUACAAGUCAGUAGGGAAUGUAAACCCUGACAGCAUGAAUUCGCUCUAUUGAUCCUACACUCGUUCUGGAUUAAUCCCCUUCCCUUUUUUUUUUUUUUUUUAACAGGAAUGCCAUUCGUUUAGUGCAGAGCGGUGCCUUGCGCUUUGCUGAUGGUCUGUUUUCUGUAGGGGGGACCAUGGAGCAGGAUGCAGUACUGAGAAUCUUGGAACAUAUUUUUACAGGUACCCGCUAGAAUGUCAGCUCUGUAUGCACACAGGACACCAGUUAAAAUACCGACCUACACUCUGGUACUCUCCUACCAUGGAAUUCUCGCUGUAUGUGUCCCCGGUACAUGGUGAUGUGAUCCAAAAUAUGUUCCGUCUGAUUCAGCAUUGAGUGGCUUUCCUCUUGAAGCUACUUCUCCAUGUUACCUUAACACUUCAAUAGGGAUGACUUGUUUGUUUCCUCUCCAGAGAAGUCACUUGGUGAAAAACCCAACGCUAGUGAAGUUGCACCUGCAGUGGUGGAAGCCACUGAAGAAGCUGAUACUGAGCUGUCUUCACAGGACUUGCGUAAACAGGAGAUGUUGGUUCAAUACUUAACUGAUGCCUACAAUUUCUCUCAGAAGAUUGAAGAGGCUAUUGAUGUGAUCAGCAAGAUGAUGUAUGAGACAGCCGUUUCUGGUUAGUGGAAAGCAACCGGGCAACCAGACACUAACUUGUUGUGUGAGACUAGCCUUUUACUGAUAUUUCACGUUUUUCUUUUCGGUGUAGUGGUGCAGGAAGUCAUUGAAUUCUUUGUCACUGUGUCACAGUUCGGAGUUUCUCAGGCAGUGCUUGGCAUACGACGAAUGCUGCCCCUUGUCUGGUCAAAAGAGCCUGGUGUACGUGAUGCUGUGAUAAAUGCUUACCGACGUCUGUACCUUACACCCAAAGGGGAGUCUGACCGGUAAUGUAUAUUCCUUAAUUGGUAUCGUGUGUGUGUGUGUGCUUCCCAUCCUACCAUUAAUUUGUUGUUUUUCUAUAUAUGAGGAAAGGCUUGUGUAUUUCUCUAGGUGUUUUUGUUGCAGAGGGUUGAGUUGAAAAUCCUCUUCUGAAUGUGCAAUGUAUGGCCUCUGAUUGCGUAUAUACUAUAUGGAUUGCUGUGGCAAAUACUGUAAUGUGUUCCUUUUGCUCCACCUGACCUAUGUCGUCCUCCUGCUGCAGGUUGAACGCUCAAGAUUUGGUUCACAAUCUAUCCCUUCUCAUGGUAGAUUCCUCUGCAGGGAUGAUCAGUUGCCUGGAGGAGAUAGUAAGUUUAGAGCCUGGCUAGCUCAACUUCAUGCUCAUGCCAUCUCUUGCCAUUCAACGCAUCGUUUAAUUCUGCUUCUAGGUCUAUGAAUUUAUACAGAAAGGUGACCUCCGACCUUCUGUGACUCAGCUGCUCUGGGAAAGGUUUACCCAGAAGUCUCCUUGUUCCCAAAUGGAGCGGAGAGCUGCAAUCAUGCUACUGGGCAUGAUGUCACGGUGAGACCCUGGAAUCAAAACUGUCAGAUCUAACUCUUUGCCUUGUUACGUGAUUCUGACUAACUUCUCUUCUCAGUGGGCAGCCAGAGAUUGUGGUCAGUAACUUGGAUACAAUGGUGACUGUGAGUUUGGGGGAUCAAGUUCAAGAAGAUUAUCAACUGGCACGGGAUGUCUGUAAUAGCAUCUUGAAGAUUACAGACAGCCACAAGGUUUGUGGGUGACAUGUGACCUGUUAAAGUUAUCUCCUUUUUCUUUAACAAAACCACUCCCUUUUAGAAUAAAUACUGUUUGGUUGCAAUAUGAGGUAUAGUCUGAUGUGCUCUCUAUCAAGAUAAAGGAUACUCACAAGAUUUCGAUUUUAGGGGCUAAAUCAAAUUGGGUGUCUUGGGUCAAUUGAUGGCAUGCUACACAGUCCAAUAUGAUAUUAAACUGGCAGUAUGAGUUAUGCUGCAAUUUCCUCUUGGCUCACUUUCAGUUUACUGUCCUUUCCUCUGACUUUACAAUAGCAGGGUCUGUUACAAUGUUCUGAUGUUAGGACCUGUAGCAGAGUAUAUAAAUGACAGCCAACAAAGUCGUCUUUGUUACUGGUAUCCUAACAGACUCUAGAUAAUUAUUGCAUUAUUUGGAAUAGGAUCUUGCUACUCUGUUUACGAAGUUGACGGCAGCAGCAACAACUUCUCGUGCUGUCAGAGGGAAUGGUAGGCACUUGGCAUUAUAAUGGUUGCAUGUAAGUGAACAGCGACCAGCAAUAUUUUAGACUCUUCAAUGCACUGAAUGGACUUGCAUAACCUCGAAAUGCUUGGCACUACCACCCAUCUAAACCUAUCAAUGUCAAAUGCACUAUUUUGCAGCCAUCUCUGGGGAAGAGCAGCGCACCCUUCCGUCUCCCGAGGGAUCACUGUCUCUUUGAAAGUCUUACCAGGGCAGUAGCAGGAGGUGAGUAGCAGUCUUUAAGCAGGGAACAAAUAUAUACUAUAGAAUAGUGGCAAUAGUUAAUACUUUAAGUGUAUUGAUAAACAGAUGACACAAUAUAGUGUGUUCAUAAGGUAAAUGGAAGCAAAGGGGUUUUUUUUUUUUUUUUUUCUGGCCAUAUCAAUGGGUAGCUCCUCCCUAUCCCUUACUAGUCCGGAACCUAAUUAAAACAAAAGGUCUAGGUAUACCCUAGGCCUUUUUGUUCCUGUCCCAUGCAUAGGACUGUAGAAUAUUUCUAUUUUGGCUUUCCUGAAGGUUACCUUCUGCAUCAAGGAAGUUCAGGCUCUCAUUUGGAAAGCUUAAGGUUACGGCCCUGCGCAAUGGUUUCUCUCCUGAAGAUACCCUUUAUGACCGGGGGUUUACUUGCUGUGACACUGGGGUAGCAAGAUUAUGCAAUCACACUAUUUCCUGCCCAAGGGGUUGCAGGCUGGGCAGGCACUUACAGCUCAAACAUCUAUAUUGACCUCCCCAUCUACUCUGAAUUGGUUUUAUCUGUAAGGUAUGAGUUUCCUUCUAUGUUUAACUCAAACUGGCCUAGGAAUAAGCAGAUAAACUUGUGAGCUUUUUUUUAAGCUAGCCAAUGGAUUAAAUUUUUCCUAGUUCUCUGUACUUGACUAUUUGCUGUUCUGUUCGUCUUUCAGCCUUUUGACUUGUCAUUCACCGUUGUCAGAUUUUUGUGGCUUCUGUACCUGUAGGGUCGCUUUCGGUUUUCCGUAGAAUAUAGGUUUGUGGGGUUUUUUUGUUUUUGUUUUUUAAUCUGAAAACCUAUAGGCAAGGCCAGCGCCACCGUUGGGCGAACUAGGCAUUUGCUUAGGGCACAGGCCUGCUGGGGUGCCCACCUGGAUAUUUCCUCGUGGGAGUCCCCUGUCUUGAACAGCAGCGGUGACCGAAGGCAGGUAGCAAGGGAGGCUCUUCUUGCAGCCUCACUCAUCCCUCACGUUCCCUCUGUGAUGCCAGGAGCCAGAAUGACGUCAUUCCGGCCCCGGCAUCCUACACGGCAGGAGAAGUGAGGAGCUGCCCCACAUUGGACUCCAGGGAGGGGAGUGUGUGACAUGAAGUGGCAGCAAAAUGGCUCUUUGCCUAGGGCGGCAGAAAUCCUUGCUCUGGUCCUGCCUGUAGGACAGUUGGCACAGGCUUUCAUCCUGGUGUAAGCUCUUGCCCCAAUCUAUAAGGAUCUAAGAUUGGAAUGGAUAAUCUGGAGUAUAUCUGAGAUGGUCGAUCAUUUGUCUGACCAUUUAAGUCCUUAAGCCUGAAAUAGUCUUCAGCUCAAACGCUCUCCGUAGGUCUGAUAUAUGGCUGUCUGCUAGACGUGCUUUUUGGCUCAGUACCUGGUCUGCGGAGGCAUCCUCCUAGAGGAAUGUAUCAAGAGAACGGCAGAGGGUAGGAAAGCACGUCUACUUCAAGACCUACUAUUUGGAAGGGUUUUUUAUUUUUUCUUCAAUCCAAGGACUUUUUUUUUUUUUUUUAUUUUUUUAUUUAAAUUCCCUUCCUUUCAGGACCCAGAUAUUUCACACCUGGAAGAGAGUAUGGUAGAUCUCAACCUUGAGGUGGUCAUUCUUCUGCCAUAGAAAGUGAAAAAGAUCCUUUGUAAAUUCCAUGGCUUUCCUUCAAUUAGAGGGAGCUAUCGUGAGCCGUUUUUUGAAAGUGGCUAGAACACAAAUAUUCUGUUUCUAACAGGGGGAUGGAGAUCCAUUCUAGAUCUAUGCAGGUUUACCAGAUUCUCAAACAUCUCUCAUUAUAAAGGCAGUAUUUCGAGUACAGUGGAUAGUAUUUAUAGAAUCUCUCAGGCUGCUUAUUUGAAUGUUUCGAUUGCUCCACAUAAGAGGUCUCUCAGAUUGCAGUGGAAGGACACUUUCAUUUGUACAUAUUCAUGAUUAAAGAUGAUCUGCUGAAGUCCCCUUACUCCCUUACCAUUCACAGUAUAGCUGGGAUCACUUCAGAAGAGAGAUUUGAUCUGGGUCCUCCACCAUAGGUCUAAGAUGGUCACAAUGGAGGUUUUCUUUACUAUUAAUCCCUUUUGGACAGACUACGAAUACUAUCCACUGGAGUUGGUGAACUCUUCUCAAAAAUCGUAUACGUUCAGGAAAGGGACAUCCUUAAAAUCCUACACCUCUUCUGCGUAGGUUGCAAGAGCCAGUAGAAAUUGUUCUGAGUGUUUUAUAUUGGUCACCAGUCCGUGGCUUCCACUUCUGCUCAUCAGUACCUCCAUGGGAUCUCCCAUAAGAGUUCUUUCCUUCUCCAUCAGGUCCAGCGAUACUUUUCUCAUCUUGACAAUUUAGAUGUUGAAAAGAACUUUAAUAGAAGUGUUUCUUGGCUGCAGUAAUACCAUUCUGAAGGCCAGGGAAACUCAUCUCAUCUCCUUGGCUACCUUUACCAAGUUGGCAUGCCUUUUCUUCCUGGUCUAUUUUUAAUUAGAUUAUCAUUCAAAUUCCCUCUACCAAAGAUGUUCUAGAGUUCUUAAAUCCAGGACUCCUCUAUGACUUGACUACAUAAACUUAGCGAUACAUAUCUCUGCACUCUGAUCUCUCUAUUCAUAAGUUUUGGUUUUGUUUUGUUUUGUUUUUUUUUCUAAUGGAUGAGGAGAGGUCUUCAAUAUCUUCAUAUAAGCAAUCAGCAGAUGGAUAGUCUAUUUCCAGACUACUAAAUCCUUAUGUGUGUAAUCUCUUUACUUUCAUAAUACUAGAAGUCCUGUGUAUUUCUUUCAAUCUCUUGGUUAUUGCUUUGGUAUUGCCCAUUGCUGUGCUGCCAUGGAUAUGGCCAGGAAAAUGUAUUCCUACUCACCGUAAUUUUCUUUUUGGGGUCAUAGGCCAUGGCAGCACACUAGGUAGUUCCUCCUUAUUCCUACAUAGACACAUAGUGCCACUUCCGAUCCCUCAGACUUCAUAUCUUUUUAACUAGGUUCCUGUCUAAUUAGGGAUAGACGAGCCACCCGUUGUUGUGCUGCCAUGGACUAUGACCAGGAAAAGAAUUAUGGUUAGAAUACGUAUUAAGCCUUUUUUUUUUUUUUUUUGCACUCUUUUCUUAAGAUUACCCAACGUGUAAACAGCUUUUUGGUUAUUCAACAUAAUGUUUGCUGGGUGUGGGCCCAAUGCUUGUGUGUAUGUGGUUUUUUCCUUUUCUUUUCUGGAGACUAGCUUAUGUAUGUUAAAUCAACUGUGUCAAACUCCAUAAAAUACAAGUUACCAAAACAUACAGAAACUUGUAACAUAUUUAUAAAGGGGUGGGGAGGACAAUAAUAAACACAUCUCUCCUGGCUGCAAAAUUAGCAAUAUGCAAAUUAGCAAGCCUUGCUAUUCAGUUGGUGCAUAUUGUUGCUACCAACAGAUGGCACUUUACAGGCUCCAUAUAAACCUAGUUGGUAGCAAUACUCAGCAGGACAGCAUAGCAAACACCCUUUAACACUAAAUAUUUUACACACCCCCUUCACCUAUAAUGGGUACAGGGUGACUAAAACAUAAAAAUAGUCCAGGGACCUACCUAGUCACAUACAUACAAUUUUUAUUUUAUUCUGUCUUCUGAAUUUUUGUAAAUUUUUUUUUUUUUUCUCUCUCUCUCUCUCUCUCUCUCUCUCUCUCUCUCUCUUUAGGGAUUGGACAGUCUGACUCGCACUGGCUUCCGUUCAAAGAGACUGCGGUGAAGUUGGUGUAUGAACUUGCGGAAGAACCCGAUGAGACAUGCGCAGAGAUCCUUCUGCAAUGUAGCCGCCAUGUUCUAGACCAGAUCACUUGUACUGGGGAAGGUAAGACAACUGGUGGGAAUUGUAGCUAAUCACUUUUUUUUUAAUAGUAACAUUUUUGAGUUCUCCUGGAACUAGUGCCUGAGCAUGUAAGCUUGUGCUUUGUGCCUGUCUCUCUGCCACUGUCCCUGCUUGCUCUUGAUCAGCCUUGUUAACCGUUCCCCCAUUCACAGGUUCAACCUUGGCUGCCUUUCUCCUUACCCACCUGCUGUCUCUGGCCGGGGAUGUUGUUUUUAACCACAUUGUCCAUUUGGAACGAGCGGUUAGUGCAGAGCUAAGGCGAAGAAGAGUCUUCAAGGAGGAACAGGAGGCAGAGAAACUGGGAUGUGGCAAGCAAAGGAAGAGCAAAGUUAGUUCUUGAAGUUAAUGUGUGUUCGUUCUAUAGGGCAGGUGUGCGUGUGUACACAGUCAAUUUCUGGUGGCAUUGUCCUCUCUGUGUGAGAGUAAUAUACUUGUUUCAGUAAACUCUCUAUAUGGUGGGUUAGAACUGAAAACUUGUUUUUGCAGGGUAAUGAUAGCACUAUGGAGGAGGAACUUGGCCUGGCUGGUGCUUCAGCAGAUGAUAUAGAAGCAGAACUGAUCCGGAAGAUUUGUGACUCAGAGAUUCUUGAGGGUGAGUGGGUAUGUUGUCAAUGUUUUGGGGGUGGUUAAACUGGUCAUACUGUAGUGUGAACUGAAACUUCUGUAGUGCAUAACUAGGUUAAAUUGGAGAGUUCUAUAAACCUGACACUUGACUGUUUGAGUGAAAGGAGCAGUAGAGAUUUUAAAGUGUUUGGGUUGAUUUAUUUAUUUUUUUUUUAUUUUUUUAUACAAGCUUUGUUUUCUUACCUUUGCAUAUCUAUGGCUCACAUUCCUUUCUGUAACAGGGAAACAGUACCUCUCUGCCUUCCUACCCCUUGUGCUCCAGAUCUGCAGUAACCCAGGGAAAUACAGUGAUCCUGUUCUAUCUACCGUGGCUUCCCUGACUCUUGCAAAGUUUAUGAUGACCAGGUAUGUGUGAAUGUGGAGUCUGGAGCUUCUCGGGUUGUGGGGUGUACUUUUUUUUUAUUUUUUUAUUUAUUUUUUUUGUUAAAUCACUACACGAUCCAAGACAAACUGUUGAAAGGAUUACACUGCUGUUGCAGAAUAGGCCAGUGUAGUCUUGUUCAACCUCACUUAUAAAAGUUGAUAUUUACAAUUUGUGUUGGAAAACUAGUGUUUUUAAUAGCUUCUCCAAGAGCUGUAACGGUCUAUGCAGAAAAAACACAGCAGUUCUCGUGCUCUGCUCUUUGACAAUAGGGGGACUAUAUUUGAUGCAAUCCAGGUUUUAAUUUUUUCUCUUGGAUACCAAGGACACUGUGACCAUUUGAUUAGGUACACAUUUAUUUUUUUAAAAUCCUUUUUUUUACAUGACCAGUACAGUGACAUAGAAAUUGCAUUUCAGGCUUGCACAGAAGACCCUAUACAACGGUGUAAGCUAAGACCUUUCCCACCCUAUGGUUGUACCCAGAUGUGGGGUGGCUCCGAGGCCAAAUGUCUCCGUCCGUCACGGUUUUACCAUAUAUGCUUAGUUUUUAUAUCCCCUGUGAUGUGUGCCUUCUCAUCUUUCGCACUGCCAUUGUAGUUUUAAACCCUCAAGUGCAAGGCUAUCGGGCUGCUGACGUCUGUCUACCUUCCCGACUGCUAGAUUCAGCCCACUUCCGCUGCACUCCCCCCAUCUCCCCUCCGUCUGGUGCGUGUUGAGUAUGCUGCUGGCACUCUCUACUAGGCAAAAUCCACAGAGGGGAUAGAGAAACAAGAAGAAAAAGAAACCAGAAUAGGAAAGAGAGGAGUCCUUAGGCGGCCCCGGGCACCAGCCUGGGAGGCGAAGGGGGAGAGGCCGGGGAGAAAGGGUCCCGCUACGCCAAAAAACGCCCCCUUCGGAACCUAUCCUACUACCCCAUCCCCACAUCCACCUCAGUCUGUUUCCUAGGUCGCUCCCCUCCCUCCACCAUCUCCCCACCGGGACUGCUCCCACACACAUUGAAAGGUCCUAGAGGUGCCCCUGACCCUAGCCGUGAGGUCAUCCAUCACCCGCAUGUCUUUAAUCCUAUCUAUCACACUCUUAAUCUGCGGUAGCUCCUGCUGUAGCCACUUGAGGGCCACAGCCUGUUGCGCUGCUAGCGUGAUCUUAUGGAGUAGCCUUUGCUCCCUUCGCGUCCACACCUCGACCGAUCUGCUUAGGAGGUAUACCCAGGGUUCCAACGUCCUGGAGAACACCUGUCUCACCAGGUUAUGUACUGGAUUUGGCCAUAUUGGCCCGAGAUCCCACAACCUCUUCUCUAAGGCCGCCAUUGACCCUUUCGGGUUCGUCAGCAUCAGGAGAACAUAGUCUGCAUAAGCAGCCACCACACACUCUCCCCACCCUGACCCCCUGUAUGUUGGGGUCCUGCCGAAUUGCCUGCAACAAUGGCUCCAAAGCCAUGACAAACAACAAUGGGGACAGGGGACAACCCUGUCUUGUGCCAUUGUGCAUACAAAAGGGCACGGGGGCGCGCCGGUGAUCUGGACCUGCGCUCACGUUGCUAUACAUAGCCUUCACAACUCUAAUGUAUGGGUCGGGGAAUCCUAAUUGGGAAAGCAGGGAGAACAGAUGAGGCCUUUUCAGCGUCGAUAGAUACAAUCAGUGUUGGAGUCUUAGUGGUAGCUUGCUUCCAGAUGAGGCUAAUAUUUCGGCGAGUGUUCUCUAAUAGUUGUCUACCCGCCACAAACCCUACAUGAUCGGCGUCAAUGAGAUGAAGGAAGGAGGCGAGUCUGUCUGGAUUUUGGCAAGGAUCUUCAUGUCAUUAAAUGAAAAUGGGCCUAUAGCUGCCUGGUAGUAGGCAGUCCUUGUCUGGUUUGGGUAAUAAGACUAUCGUGGCCAACAACAUCCGGGGUCGGUGUUCCCUCUAUGCGAAAGUAGUUAAAUAGUGUACGUAGGUGGGGGGGGUUAGGGCCUCCCAAAAGGUUUUAUAGUAUGCCCCAUCGGGGCCAGGGGCUUUAUUUCCUUUUAAUCCGGAAAUCGCCUUAUCUAUUUUGCUUUCCGUUAUUUCAGCCGCAAGGCCCUCCGCCGCCUCCCACGGUAGCUUCAGUAACUGUAUGCAUCCCAAGAACCAUUGUAGGCGCUCUUCCCCCAUUAGUGCUCUCCCUUCUGUCCCGCGGGGAGUGGUCGUAUAGUGUCUUAUAAUAGUCCGUGAAAACCGCUGCAAUGUCUCGGGGCGCUGUUUUGAGAGACCCGUCAUGGUGUCGCAUUGUCGUUAUAGGAGUGUGCUGCAUUCGGGGUCCUGGCUAGCAAUGUGUCCAUUUUAUUUCCCUUCUCAUAGAAGGUCCGUCUGGACCACGUUCUAGCCCUAGCUGCGUCAUCUAAUAGUAGUUGUCGCGCUGCCAGUCUCCUCUUCCUCCCUCCCUGGCCGUGACUCUUGUGAAACCCGAGGCAUUGGCUAGAAACAUAUCUAUCCGUGAAUAGGUCGCGUGUGGGGCGGAAUAAAAGGUAUAUUCUGAGUCCCCCGGGUGCUGCGCUCUCCAUACAUCUCAGGCCCGUGUCAUUUACACAGGUAGAAAACAUUUUUGUCUUGUAUCCCUCGUCCAUGUGACCUAGGCACCCCCCCCAAUCGUGCUCCUGACGAUCGCCGGGCUCGAUGUGGCAUUGAAGUCUCCCCCGCUAUGGUCAUGCCUUGCCCUAGUGCCCGUAUUUUGGUUUGAACGGUGUCUCAAAACCCCGGGUCCGGGUGGCUAGGGGCAUAUACAUUUAUCAAGUGAAUGUUGUGGGAGUAGAGGGUCCCUGUCACUCUUACAUAUAGCGUCCAUGUCAGUGGAAUUAACCUGUAAGGGACAGCUCCACUUGAUCAAUAUGGCCACCCCACUCCGUUUCCUGCCCGCCCGGGAUUCAUGCGAGCCUGUGUAAACAUGAUCCCGAAGUCUCAGCUGCACAGGUUUUGGAAGAUGUAUCUCCUGGACGAAGGCAAUGUCCGCCCCCCGUCAGCUUCAGUUCCCUAUACAACAUGCGCUGCUUUUGAGGGGCAUUCAAGCCCCAGCAUUCAACGAUAUUAGCUUAAGCGCCAUCUGUCCCACCCAACGCCCGCUCCAUCUCCCCCACCACCCCCCGGCCCACCCACCCAGGACUCCAGAAGAAAAAUAGAAUAGAAAGAGAAGAUAACAGGUACGAAGAGUUCGCACCCAGAACAGAACCUGUUGUCUAGUCUUAUCACCUGCCAGACCUCGUUGGGGUAUAUGUGUCGUCAUCCCAGACAUGCGCCACGCCCGGAUGAGAUGAGGUCCCAUAUGCCACAACCUUCCCUGCAACGCUGACUCUCUCUAGAUUACCUAACUGCCGCUCAUCGUAGUAUGUGUCUUGGCACCUAAAAAAAAUGUGUAUUUCGCAACGUGAAACUGGCAACGAAACCUUUAAGUGCAACCAUUACACCCAUAACCCGCCCUAACUGAACCACAUCGGUAUCCCCGAAAGCUGCCCCUUCCCUCCCCAUUUCUCCGUUUCUGAGAGGCCAUGCCUACGUACCCUGCUCUUGUGUGAUUUUUCUUGCCUAAGUUUCAGACCUGUCCAUCAAAGGCCAACUAAAUUCCUUCUCCGCAGAGACCCCAAUGGAGACUACACUACCCCGUGUCCCCGCCUAGGUUCUUCCUUUGGUGUUCCCACCCGGGUUCUGGGUAACCCCCCCCCCCUUGCCCACCCACUACCUGUUGAUGUCGGUGUGCCCGUGGAUCCGCAUUAUUGGUUAGGCCCUCCACCCGUCCCCAGUGAUCUCCUUCCCCAGAGAGUGCCUAUGCGCUCCCCAGCUGUGACCAGUGCGCUCCCUCUCCUCUCCCCAAGCCGCCCAUCCCGUCCGGACCCCACAGGAUUUUAUGACUCUACCUACAGGUCCAUCCCUUCCCCUUUCUCCCAUCCCUUCUCCACCACAACACCUGUGGCCUCUAGGUAUCCUCCGUCGUUCCCCUUCGCUUCCCCUCCCCCCCACCCCCUGUGUGGAUGGCUGUAGGCUCCCAGGUGUGGGCUCCCUGUUGUGUCCUCCUUCAUUGCCGCCCCAGGCAGGGCAUGCGCUCCGCCAAUACGGUCUGCCGCCCCCCAAAGUCACUAGCGGUAUCUCUGCUCUAGUCUUGCAUCCAGGGCCCCCCGCUCCUCAUCUGGUCCCACCCUCCUCAAAUCUAGGCCUCAUGCCCCCCUCCCAAACAGUCUUGGUGCACCCCCUGUGGGGUACCGUCCCAUUAGUGCCCCAUGUCAGUCCCGACUUUACGGUGUUCCUGCCGUCGGCCACUCCACCGGUACUGGUGCCAGCUCCUCCGCUGGCCAGCUCCUCAGCGGUUCCAGACCCCUAGCGAAGCUCUGUGGAUCUCCUCCAACCGGAAGGGUAUGCACUCUGCCGUCCUGGAAAGCCAGUAGGCGGAACGGGAACCCCCAGGCGUAUCGGAUUCCAGCCGCACGCAAUGCCCCUGUUAUGGGUCUCCAUUCCCUGCGGCGCUGAAGUGCGCUUGAAGCCAAAUCCUGGUAGAAAGCGAUUUCCACUCCUUGGUAGUGGAUGGGCUCCUCUCUGCUCCGCUUUAAUAGGGCCUCCUUGGUGGAGAAAUGUAGAAAUUUAAUAAUGUCCCUUGGAGCAUUGGGUUCCAGCCACCUUGCCCUCAGGGCUCUAUGCACACUCUCCAUUUGCCACAUCUCCUCUGGGAUAUCAGGCAGGAGAGGCCGGAGUACCUGUGCAUGCAGGUGUCCCUCCCCGUCCCGCUCCGGCAUGCUGCGGGUCCGCACAUUGUUUCUGCGUGAUCUAUUUGCAAUGUCUUAGGUACACAUUUAUAUUACGGAGUAGGACCUGCCCACUUCCCCAUUGACCCCAGCAGAGCUAGUAGUAUUCAUUUGAUUUUUGUUUUGAGAUUGUAUCACACAGUUGCUGCAUGUUUAUCACCUCUUCCACCCAUUCCGAUGGUGCUGUAUUUGCUGGUGAUCAGUGAUGCUGGAGAAUUUUGAAGCAUGCUGAAUUUAAGAUGUAGAUUAAGAUGUAACAUGUUGCAUUAUCAUGCUAGAAAUAAACAUUCAGAUAUCAAAUAAAACAAUGCAAAUGAUCAAGGAAGAACUUCUAAAUUUUUGUCAAUUUUAAGGCAAUUUUAAAACUGACUUGAUCUUGUAAAAGUGUUCAGAAUGAAGUCCUACCAUAUGGCCAUGUUGUGUUAAAACCCAACAGUCUUGAACCGCUACACAGAUAAUCCCAGUAUUUUUCCCAAUUGAGUGUAUCAACAAUGCAAGCUAAUAGUAUAGCUUGACUAGACCAAAAUAAAACCUAAUCCGUAUUUUAUUAACAAAUGUUUUUCUGCUUGUUAAUUUCUAGUUCAGAUUUCUGCGAUAGUCAUUUGCGUUUAUUAUUCACUCUGCUUGAGAAGUCUCCUCUGCCAAGAGUUCGUUCAAACAUCAUGAUUGCGCUUGGUGACCUCAGUAUCCGCUUCCCCAAUCUCAUUGAACCCUGGACCCCACACCUCUAUGCCAGGUAAGCUUCCCGUCAUCUGACACAUUUUUAUAAGAAGUAGGUGUUAAGCUGAGUGCUGGGGGACUGGAUUAUCCCCUUUUUAAGCUCUUUAUUUAGGUGUUUGGUGUUCACUAACUGAAGUGGACUCACCCACUGUACAUAAGGUGUUUGUAGGAGGAUGACUGAAGCUUAGUAUGAGCGUUGUCCAUUGAUCCCUGCUGAUCUGUAGGAAGAGUGUGGUUGUUGUUUUUUUUUUUGUUUUUUGUUUUUUUUUUGAUUCAGCAAGUUCCAAGCCUGUAUAUAAUUAGUAAGUGCAGAAGGCCAUUCUAUAUUAGAGUUGGAAGUUGUAUGGUAAACCGCUGAAACAAACAUUUGGUUAUUUCAGCUAUAUUUAAACUUAAACUUGAACUUGUUUACUGUUCUGUUAGCUGAUGAAAUUAACCAAAUACAAAGUUUGUGAACCACUUCAUACAAUCUGAAUCGAAGAACUGGCUAUAAUCUUAAGGGACCACUCUUGGCACCCAGACCACUUCAGGUUAAUGAAGUGGUCUGGGUGCCAGGUCCAGCUAGGGUUAACCCAUUUUUUCAUAAACAUAAGUUUCAGAGAAACUUUUAUGUUUAUCAAUGGGUUAAGCCUUCCCCAUUCUCUCUAGUGGCUGUUUCAUUGACAGCCGCUAGAGGCGCUUGCGUGCUUCUCACUGUGAUUUUCACAGUGAGAGCACGCCAGCGUCCAUAGGAAAGCAUUGUGAAUGCUUUCCUAUGUGACCGGCUGAAUGCGCUGGAAAAAGGUAAGUUUUUAACCCUUUUCCCCUUUCCAGAGCCGGGUGGGGGCACUAUAGUGCCAGGAAAACGAGUAUGUUUUCCUGGCACGAGUGGUCCUUUAAAAGCACUUAUGAGUAGAAAUUAACUGUUGGUUUUCAGUUUUGAAUGUCCAAAAUACUUUGAAAAUCAUUCUUCUUUAAGAUACUCUGACUGAAAUCAUACAAACCUGCUCUUAAUGUGACUAAAAUGGAAGCCUCCAGGUUUUAAUUGGUUUAUGCAAUUUUCAAAAAUGCAUAAAUUUCUCAUCAAUUCAUCAAUUUCUUAUCCUUUUCUCCAAUAAACAGACCCCUUUGUAGGGUAUUAAAGCUCUUCUUCAAGAUGUGGGGCUACUCCAUCCGUCUACUAGGUUUUGUUGUGUUGUGGUGUUUUGUGUUUUGUGUUUUUUUUCACCACAACCAUGAUCCGGGUUAGAAAAGGUUGUGAUGUUGGAAAACACAGCAAAUAUGCAGAUUAACUAUACUCCCGCCAUACAGUUGUAUAUGCAAAUUCCUUAAUGGCUACCAAAAAUAUUCAGAACAUGGUCACCUACCUAAAUAAGAAAGUACCCCCCACACUCCCAUUGUGGAUCAAUUUUGAUACCUCGCAUUUGUUUGUCCUAUCAGAUUGCGGGAUCCUUCUCGGGAUGUGCGAAAGACCUCUGGUCUUGUAAUGACUCACCUCAUUCUGAAGGAUAUGGUGAAGGUUAAGGGACAAGUCAGUGAGAUGGCUGUGCUGCUUAUAGAUUCUGAUCAAGAGAUUGCUUCACUCUCCAGGAAUUUCUUUAAUGAGCUCUCAAACAAGGUGGGUGUCCCAACAAGAGAUCUUUGGGAAAUGUUGACAUGGUAGUGUCCAGUAAGGAAGAUUAAAUGGCCUUUGGUUAGGUGAUCUGGGUUAGACUAGAGGAAGGGUGUUGCAUGUCCAAGUAGAUCACAAUGCAUUAGUAAUCUGGAUAAUUUUCUCUUUACAGGGGAAUGCUGUGUACAACCUGCUGCCUGAUAUUAUUAGUAGACUCUCUGAUCCAGACUGUGGAGUUGAGGAGGGAUCAUUUCACACUAUAAUGAAGUAUGUAAUUAAGUACAGAGAUGGUUUGCUAUAAUUUCUUGUUUGUAUGACGUUGUGUGAGAUGUCAUCUGAAUGAAGACACUUUGUGUUGGUGAUUCCUUGGUUUGGUCUGUAUCAGUAAUAACACUUAGGGUUAUUAAAGUGAGAAGUUCUGGAACUAAGUGCUUUUCAAUUUUAAGGCCAUAACAGACUAACUGAAAACAGACUUGGACUCGUUUUAAUUAGGCUGUUGAAAAUCACUUUGAAUUCCGAGCAAUUCUCACUGAAGUGACUAAUCUGAGUUUGUAAACUGUGGUAUGAUUUUGUAUUUCAUAAUCUUACACAACUGUUUGUGGAACGUUGGCUAUUUUGGGGAAGUGUCUCUGAUGUGUAAUUCUGGCAGUGUCGGAGUAUUACAGCAUGGCUGUCAUUUGAUUGCUGCUUCAAACUAUUAAAGUUGAGCCAUGUGCUCCUUUCUGCUAUUGUUGGUGGAAUGGUGGAAAUCUACAGUAGGCACUGAUGGUUCUUUCCCUCUUAGACAGCUUCUCUCCUACAUCACAAAAGACAAGCAGACAGAGAGCCUAGUAGAGAAAAUGUGCCACCGGUUCCGUACAGCACGGUAAGUGGUUGUGUUUUGGCCUUUGUUUUAACUUAUCUUUUUUGGAGUACUCUCCGUUAACAUCAAGGGGACAAUUGCUGUUUAGUAGCUAUACACCAAUGAAUGUGCAAUUUGUUUCUUGGAAAUUACUCAGACUUCUCAGUGAAAAGCCUCUAAAGCAAAUCCCCAGUGCGUGCACAUUGGCUUCUGCACCAGAUUCUGAGAAGGUCAGAGAAACUCUGUGGGGAGGCAGGAGCACUCAAGUGGAGUACGUUUGACACGGUUGUUGGCUCUGGGGAGCUUAUGGAAUCCAGAUGCUAACCUCCCUGGCUGUUCAAUUAUUAAAAGUUCAGAUUUCUCAUAGAAAUCAGCCCUUAAUAAAGUGCCUUUUUAAUGGGAUACUCCACACCUAUAAAGUACUUUCUGAGCAGGGACAAGUUAACCUAGUCCUGCCACACAAGCAAAUGCUUUUCUACAGAAAAACAAUUUAGUGCACUUGGUUUAAAACUGUAUUGGGUUAGCAAGCAUAGAAAAUGCUGUUGAUCUAAUAAAUGGUUAUUUGUUUUCGCAUUACUGCUGGACAAACUGUCUACUGCCACCGUAAAGCUUCAUGUGGCCUGAAAUGUAUGUAUUGACCCUUUGCUCACUGGUCUUUUUAUAGAGAUGGAUGUUACUUCUGUAACACCGAUCUGCCCCACCCAUGCUCUUUUGCACAGGAAAAAUAUCCCCUAUCUUGUUGACAUGCUGGCUCCAUUGCCAGCAUCUGAACGGAGUGGCUUUACAUCUCUCAGUUCCUAUAUUCUGUAGCCACUAAUAGCUGCGCUGGCUAGGGUAACACCAUAGCAAUCACAGCGAAUUUGCUGGGGUUGCUAUGGGUGGAGAACAGAGAACUCAUGUGGGAGGUCCCCUCUGAUCAACCUGUCUCAAUUCCUUAGCAUUACAUGUCUGCUGAGGAAUUGAGGCAGAUGGGAGAAACUUAUUAAGUUUUCAUCUACAUCUAUAAAUUGGCUGUCAAGACUGCUAGUGCAAUGUAUAUGUGAUUUCAAGAUUUUAUAAAGAGCUGCAGUUUUUGCACAUGGCAGGUUUCAUUUAAAGUGGCUUCCAAUCUACAGCAGAGCUUGGAGAGGAACAUUGUGCUUUUUAAUGUGUUGCAUGUGAAGAGGAAUUUUGUGCUCUCUUGGAGCAGCUACCCACCUUGGGAUGGACUCUGGGAAGGGCCAAUGCCUCUCAAAACCUUUUCAGAUUCUAGAAGUUGGAUAAUGACUUAACUUUACUUACAUGACUUCUGUCUUGUCAUGUAAAACUUUAACAGUAGGAAAAAAAAUUGGUGGGAAAGAAUCUGCCCCAUAAUGUGCUGGAUAAAAAUGCACAAAUACCAUCUUUAGUAAGCCGCAUGUUUUUAUGUCCAUAUCAGGACUGAGCGACAAUGGAGAGAUCUUGCGCACUGCCUUUCUCUCCUGCCUUUCACAGAGAAAGGACUGCGAAAGAUGCAGGAUUGUUUUGAAUGUUAUGGGGACAAAUUAAGUGACGAUGACGUAUACAACUCCUUCGUAAACACAGUGGCAAAGAUGCGUCGAGGAGCAAAGCCUGAACUUAAGGUACAAACAUCCAUUUCUGUGGAUGGGAAUUUUUUUUUUUUUUUUUUUACAUUUACUUAUUAAAUCAAUGGUUUGGGUGCUGACUGGAAUUUUUGCGGCCUGGGGGGAAAAGCAGGAGGUUGUAGGUGGCAAGAGACUGGAUGUAUGAAUAGUUCUGGGCUAGGUCGAUUUGUUCAAGUGUUCCUACUUAAUGUGUCUGUUUUUUCUUUCUUUUUUUGUUUUUUCCCCAAUCUGUGCUGUAGACUCUGAUAGAUGAGUUUGAACAAAAGCUGCACAAGUGUCAUAAUAAAGGUCUGGAGAAUAUGGAGAGUGAGGAACCUCAAGAAGAAAAUUCAGAAGGCCAUCCUCCACAGCCUGCCAGGAAAAAUCCUCCUGGUAAGUCUGGUCUUGUUGGUGGUUGAAAUGUAAUGUGCUUUGUGCAGUAACUGCCGUGUGCUCCAGUACUUGUGGGUACAAGAGUCAGACUGGGGUCAUGAAAUGGUCACAUGGUAUGGUGUGUAGAAAUAGGAAACUAAAGUGAAGCCUUGGGUUAUGUAACUGAAAGCUUUUCUUUCACUAUCCUGCUCUUUAUUUAUGCACGGUCAGCAAAGAGACAGCCGCUUUCCUCCAUCAACUCUGUACAGAAACCUAAAAAUGAAGAUGAUUUUCAGACGCCAAAGCAUCAUCCGCGCAGGAACCCUCGCAAGACUGUGGUUGUAACGUUCUCCAGUGAUGAAGAGUCUGGUAAGUGACAUUUGUGUGUGUGUGUAAAAUAAAAAAAUAAACUUUAAAAAUCCCAAAUCAAAGUCUAAGAGAAAAGGUCUACUUUUUUUUUUAUAUAUUUUUUAAUUUUUUUUUUUUAUAUUCUCUAGAUAUGGAAGCCGAGCUGAGUGAUGCGGAGACCCCAAAAAACCCAACACCCAUUAGACGUACUUCUGCUCGAUCACGUGCCAAGUGAUCUACGUUGAAUGCUUUUUAUGUUUUUUAAUGUUUUUAUUCCUGUUUGAAAACUGAGUAUUUUUAUCUUAAAUAUUAAAUCCUUUUUUGUUUUUA